GACUCCAGGCUCUCACUUCCCCAGCUGCUGACGUCAGCUGGCAGCCUGGGCUGAGCUCGCCGCUCCGGACAUAGCGCCGAGGAAAAUGCUGCUCUCCGUACCGCCAAGGGCAGGAAUCAACCCCUACAACGGCUACAACAGCAGAAACAGCAAAAAGCAGGCCUAUGUGUCCUCCGGCCACCAGAUGGCACCCCCCAGUCCCAACACCAACAGUAGUAGCAACAGCAGCGGCGGAGGUGGGGAACAGCUAAGUAAAACGAACCUAUAUAUCCGUGGCCUCCAUCCAGGAACUACGGAUCAGGAUCUAGUGAAACUCUGCCAACCGUAUGGCAAAAUCGUGUCCACAAAAGCCAUUUUGGACAAAACUACCAACAAAUGUAAAGGUUAUGGCUUUGUGGAUUUUGACAGUCCAGCUGCUGCACAAAAAGCUGUCACAGCUCUGAAAUCCACCGGGGUCCAGGCUCAGAUGGCCAAACAACAAGAGCAGGACCCCACCAACCUCUACAUCUCCAACCUGCCGGUGUCCAUGGAUGAGCAGGAGCUGGAGAACAUGCUGAAGUCCUUCGGCCAGGUCAUCUCUACGCGCAUCCUCCGAGAUGCCAACGGGACUAGCCGUGGCGUGGGCUUCGCAAGAAUGGAGUCCACAGAGAAGUGUGAGGCUAUAAUUCAGCAUUUCAACGGCAAAUUCAUCAAGACUCCUCCAGGAGUGCUCGCACCCACAGAGCCCUUAUUAUGCAAGUUUGCAGACGGGGGUCAGAAGAAGAGGCAGAGCCAGGGGAAGUACCUCCAGAAUGGGAGGCCCUGGGUUCGAGACGGAGAUACGGGAGGAAUGACGCUAGCGUAUGAUCCAACAGCCUUACAGAACGGCUUCUACUCCUCACCCUACAGUCUGGCCCCAAACCGAAUGAUCGCCCAGACUUCCCUCUCGCCCUACAUGCAUUCUCCUGUCUCCUCCUACCAGGUACACAGCCCGUCCUGGAUGCACCACCAGUCAUACCUCAUGCAGCCAGCUGGUACAGUGCUAACCCCAACAAUGGAGCAUGCCAUGUCCAUCCAGCCCACGUCCAUGAUGGGGCCUCUCGCUCAGCAAUUAAGCCACCUGUCUCUGGGCAGCACGGGCACAUAUAUUCCAGCCAACACUACUAUGCAGGGGACCUAUAUCCCCCAGUACACCACAGUGCCUCCCUCCAACGUUCCAGUAGAGGAGAACGGCGGUCAGCAGCAGCAGGUUGCGAUAGAGAAUCCGGCAGAACAUACAAACUACUCAUACCAACACACCAAGUGAAGCUAAGCUCCCACCAAUGAGAAGCCGCAGGGCACGAAACGAAUUCAACCAAAACAGGAUUAAGCUGGAAGAGAUCUCUACCAUAACCAAGCACCGGGACUUGAACACGGAUAACAAAAGGAACACGUGUGUGCCAGUGAGUGUGUUUGUUUGUACUUGUGCGUGUGAAUGUGUGUGAGUCUGUUUUUCUGUUUGUUUUUUGUUUUUUUCUUUUCUUCUUCUUUUUUCUUUAAGAAAAAGGACAACAAUUAAUCUUCAUCAGACUCUUCAGCUCACGUCCUCAAGAGUUGACCAACCAAAGGUGGGAAUGUUCUUCAAAGAAGAUUGGAUCUAUUUUGAUAACUGAAAAAGGAAAAAAUAACAAAGUUGUUUAAAAAAAAACAUCAAAAAAAAGAAAUAGGAGAGGAAGAAAUGACACAGAGCAUUAUUUUUGUGCAAGUGGUAUAGCAAAUUCUUAUUUUAGAAAAAAAAAAGCAUUCUGGAUGUUUCAGAGUGAUUCAAGGAAGAGUUGAAACACAAUGUGUCUUUAUGUUCGUGUAAAAUAUGCAAACUUUUAUUUUUAUUUCCUAGUGUUGUUUGACCUUCUAUUUGCAGCAGCAGCAUUUUGUACAGAUUUCAAAACCUUUUGCUGAUUGUGGAGUCAAUCUAACUGUGGGAGGUAAACCGUUUAAAGCUACUUCUUCUUGUAACUGCUGCAGAGAUUUCUAUUCACACACAGAUGAAAAUAACAUUGACUGUUCAUAGAUUUUUUUUUUUUUUUUUUUUUGUUUAGACCAUAACGGAACAAAAGACAAUCGAUUAUUUAUAUUUAUAUUUGAAUCAUAUUUCUAUAUUUUUUGGGGAGUUUUUAAUCAUUGAAGCGUACAUUUAUAAAAUAAAAAAAAGAAGUUAUUUAAUAUUAUAGUCUAAAGACAAGCUAAGAUGGACUUACAAAUCCUCACCCUACACAGUAAUGUGUUUUCUAAAGUGACUUUUUUUAAAGCUUGAUGUCUUUUAGUCGUGUAUUUAUCAGCUGAAAGAAAAAUCUAAAUGACUUGUGUUCGUUUUGACAGUCAUCCUGUUACGUUAGAUUGCAAUCUCAUCAUAUAUUCGUAUCUACGAGUAGGAAUGGGCCGGUGUCUUGCUUCGUGUUAUUCAAAUUUACAAAGUCACGGUUUCAAAACCUAAAACAUUUUGCAUCUCACAAAACUUUUUAAGAUGCUAGAAAAAGAGCCCCCUCCCCACCGCCCCCUCCCCACCACCUCUGGUCAAAUGGAGUUUAACAUAGUGAUCACUGUCUUUACCUGCUAUUCUGGUCCCACUAAGUACAUCAUAACCAUAAGCAGGAAAAAAGAUGUACAUUUAUAGAGUUUUUAGAAUGAAAUAUCUAUGGUAUUUUUAUGUUGAAACAACAUUUGGGAACAAACUGAAAUAUUUAUCGUGUCUGUUAGUGAAACAAACAAGCUAAUAUAGUGUAGAGAGCAGGGCAGCUAACCUUGCUAGCUGACCUUGUUAGCUAAUUGCUUGAACUCGCUAACAUUAGGGUUUCAGGCUCUUAACAUAGCUUUACAAAAGCCAAAACACUAGAAAAGACAUAAUAUAACAAUAACUCACAUUGCUUAUACCCUGUCUACCCGCUGAAAAUAGUGUAGCCAGAAGAAGGAAAUGUCAUUUGAACUUUUCCACAUCUUAAGGAAUAUUUAAUAUUUUACAUUUGGCAACAGACUACAAGACUUGCUGUGUCUGAUAGUGA